CUCACGCAUGCGCAGGUACGUACGGUGGAACAUGCACCAUAAUAUUUCUACUGCUCGAACGGUUCAGCUCGACGGUUCAGCCAAUUCCAGCAUAAAUAGAGUUCUAUGCUUUCGAUCUUUCGACGCAGCUAAGAAACAAAUUUAAUAACAUAUUAAGGAAUUUCCGGGAAAGAUUUUCCAGUUUAGAUUGCGUUUUGUCAUCAUCUCGAGUUUCGACAAAUCCGCGGAUUGAAGGUCUAGCUUCGUUGAGCAAAGCUAUCUAUUGCCAUUCCGUAGUGAUCGUUUGAUAUGCAUCGAGUCCGACUCAUCUUGACGCGAAUGGUUGAUUUCUCCGUUUCAAUAAAGAUUGUGGCGAUAAUGUGUUAAUCGAGAAGUAUCCUCUUUAUGACCAACAUUAAUCGAGGAAGAUCAGUGAACAUGACAAUGACAUCAGCCAACAGAAAAAGGGGUCGCAACGUGGAAGAGGAAUCCAGCGAGUUUAUGCCGUUGAGCAAACGAAUCAACAAUCUUCACAUCAAUGGCUUGUCUGGUCUGCGAGAGAGAGCGAUGGAACGAAUGGAGACUGACGAUUGGGGGAGUGAAAAUUUCGUGCCGUCCCCGAGUUGCUCAGAGGUUUCUCAAAACUCACCGUCCAGGGACACCUGUAGCUCCAGCCAAAGCAGUUUCACGACUGAGUACAGACCAGACUUAGAUGCCAUGUCGAAUCCUUUUUAUUACGAGAGUAACAAGUUACUCUUCUCCUUAUAUAUGGAACGUAUGCAAAGGAGGUUAAAUCCCUACUAGUGAAAGUACAUGUUACCGAUCAUCAUGUUUGCAAAGCAUCCACUUAACAUUCGACAAACAUGUCUCUUUUUGCCAUUUUUCUAUGUGACAUAUUUUGACAGUCUUCAAUCAUUCACAUUGAUUAUACAGAUUAUAAUAAAGGGGUACUAGCUAUCUAUGUACUAAACUUGUUUUAUAAAAAGGUGGUGCUGAUGAAUACUUGUUGCACACAGCCUUUAGGUGAUCAUUUAUAUCAUAUGCGGCACAUAAAAUUUUAUGUAUAUGGGAAAGUAUGAGUAACUUCCGCAAUUGUGUGAAAUGUAUAGUUGUAGAACUAUUUGUAGAACUAAUUUAUCAGUAAUUUAUUUAAAUUCUCGAUGCUUCGUUGCGCUACACUUUUAACGAAUCAAGCGUAUGACACUUGGGAUCCUUAAAUCUUAAGUUGCAUGUAUGAAAUAUAAAGAUAAUGAAAUAAAGCAAAUAGAAGUUAUAAAAUAUAGUUUGUACAAAGUGUGUAUAUUUUUGUGGACGCCAUAGAAGUAAGAGAGCCAUCAGUCUUUGAAUAUUUUAAUAUUUUCGGGUGGAAUAUAUCAUAUAUCUUCCUCCAUCACCAUAUGGAAUCGUUUCUAUCGAUUUGACAAUAAUGAUCCAGACAAAAAACUCUUAUUUUCUGCACUUAAAUUUAAAGUAUAUUUGUACUUAUUCAAAGAACUUCUGAAUUAGCGCAGUAAAUUGAAGAUGUUAACAGAUAUAUUUUCCCUAAUACCCCAACUUGCCGCAGUAAUUCAGAAAUUCUUUUAGUAAGAACAGGGUCCAUAUUCUUGAAAAAUAUUGCAUACAAUAUUUCAUGAAU